AUGAGUCUUACCAGCUCCGUGCAGCACCCGUCGCUUUCCAAGCCCGCUGCGCCGGAACCCAGCACCACCACGGUCUGCGCGUCCACUCCGCGGAAGCAGUGGGGGGCGGCGGGGCUAGGCGGAUCGGCCGGAGCCCGCGGAGCGGCAGGAGGCGGCGUAGCGGCGGGAGCAACGAGCGGUGCGGGGAGGGCGGUGUCGGCCAGACGAGCGAUGUCGAGCACAUCGGUGGGUUUGCCACCGGUGAGCACCGUUGCGACGUCGAUGCCGGCGGGAGAUGCGGAUAUGAUGGACGCGGUGCUGCAGCGGAGCAUGUCGCACGGCUUCGCAGGAGCUGUCGCGCAGGGCGACGCGUCGCAGUCAUUGUUCCCGGAGUCUGCACGUAGAGCGAGCGCCGCGCAUCCGGCGGAAAGUCCGAGAACAGGCAAGCCGUCCGGCCAGCAGCACCGGCCCUCCGCGUGUGCCCCCGGAAUGACAUCGCCCGCGCCCUCUUCCUUCUCCGCGCAAAGAGCGCCCCCCUGCCCGCCGCGCAUGUCUCCGCCGGCCUAUUCCGCCGGCGCUCUUCCCAGUACCGCCACCGACCCGGGCCCGUUUCAUCCACAGCCGCCGCAGCAGCAGCAGCCGCAGCAGCUGAACCAGAUGCCGCCUCCGCAUUUCCCGGCGGACUUCGGUUUUGCGGGGCAGCAGGGCGUGCAGGCUGGCGCGCAGGCAGGCGCGCAGGAGUCCGGUUUCGGCGCGCUGCAAAAGGCGGAGAUGGAGAGGCAAGCGGAGCUCGCGCAAGGCAAUCGCUACUUCUUUUCCGGCGGGCAGCUCUCUGCUUCGCACCCGAAUCUGGGCCUUCUCCAAUCCAUUCCCGGACGGUCCAUGACUCACCCGAGCCCCGGCUCGAGCUUCGGUCCAGGCAUGGGACAAGAGGAGAGGAUGCCGAGCCAGCGUGUGGACUUGGAGAUGGGUCUGAUGUUCGGUCACGACCACGCCAACCAGCAGCAGCACCACCAGCAGCAGGAGCAGCAGGAGCAGCAGCAGCGGCAGGUGGUGCAGGGCGCGUGUGGGUCGAGCCCUCUGCUUCCACCCGUUCGCGUCAACCCCAAGGACGCCAAGGGGCUCAAGAGUCCCGUCAUUGAGGACGGCUCCCUGACAGCAUCGGCAGGCACUGCGGCACCUACACCUAACCUGGUUGCAGCAGGGAUCCCCAACGCCGUGGUGGCUGCGCUCGCCGCUGCACCGUCCGCGUUUCUCACGUCGCCGCGCCUCGCCUGCAAGCGCGGCCUUACCAUCGCCUCCGCCGCCUCCCCCCUCGUCUCUCCGCGCCACAAGCACGCGCGCAGCUCCGCGUGGCCCCUGCCUGUAUCCCUACCUGUGUCUGCGCCGGCGGGUUCCGCGCAGGCGUCGCCUGUGAGGAUUGCGGAGGAGCAGGGGGGUGAGGAGGGGCGGCGCGAGUCGUGGUCGCCUGUGGUGAUGAGGGACCUGGGCGCGGAGCAGGCGGAGCAAGCGGAGCAGGGGGAAGAGGCGGAGCAGGAGAAAUGGACAAUCGAGGACGGGAAGAGCCUUGGGAGGAGGGUGGAAGAUAAGGGCGGAGGAGCCGGUGGCACUGGCGAUGGCUGUGGCAAGGCGCAUGACGCUGCUGUGAUCAACAGCCCGGCGAAUAAGAGCAACGCCUACACCUCCCCAGGUCUCGGCCAGAGCACUGUGACUGUAGAAGGCGUAACUGUAGACCGCGUCUCAGCAUUCCCGUCUCCUCCCACACCAAGCACAGCCCAUGCCCCCCCUCUACCCUCCGCUCCGCAAUCCGCACCCCCCUCCGCCACCCCCUUCCCGCCCUUCUGCACGCCCCCCGCACUCCCCCCAGCUCCCCUGCACGCGCCCCUUUCCCGCGCGCCUGCGAGUCCGAGCGUCUUCCUUCCCGUCCCCCCGCCCGGCAGCCCCUUCUCCCCGGCUAUGGCUGCCAUCGCCGCCACGCUCAGAGCUGCUCGCCUGCCCGCCCCGCCCCGUUCCGCCCCUGCCUCCGCUGCGUCCGCCGCUCCCACUCCUCCCGUCGCUCCUGCUGCACUGAUUCCUUCUGCCGGCGCGUCUGCUGGAGGCGCCGCGGCUGGUGCUCUAGCGGGCGUGGGCGUGGGCAUGGGCGCGCCUGCAGGUGCAGGCCCUGCCAGCCUGGGUCUGCGCCCCUCUCCGCCCCUCAAGGUCCUAUUUUUCGCCUCUUCCGCUGCCGCCGCUGCAGCAGCUGCUGCUGCUGGUAGUGGUGGCAAGACCGCUGCUCCUGCGGCUGGCAGUGGUGCUAGUGGCGCUUCGGGUGCUGCUGGUGCUGCUGGUUGCGCCAGUGGCAGGGCGUGCGGUGCUGCUCUGUGCCCUGCGGACAGUGCCUGUCCCUCCAGCUCCUCCCCUGCCUCCGCCAGGGCUUCCCUCCGCUCUGCUGCUGGCGACUCAGUGGAAACAGGAGAGGCAGUGGGAACAGUGGAGAACCAGAGGAGUGGCAAGGCAGGGGAGGACAGGGUUCCAGAGAGAAAAGCCGAUAAGAAACUGCUCGUUUCGCGCAUCGGCGAUGCGAUUUUCGCCGAGGCAGAGAGGAACCUGGAGAGGGAGAGGGAGAUGGGGGCGGAGGAGGGCUCAGAAGAGGAGGUGCGGGUGGGGAGCGCGGGGAUGGACAUGGGGCUGGGGAUGAUGGGCAUGGGCAUGGAUAUGGGCAUGGAGAUGGGCAUGGACAUGGGCAUGGGUAUGUCGAUGUCGUCUUGCGAGGACAUCUUCUCGUUUGGCGAGAACAACAGCGAGUUUGGCGGGCAGCUGGGGAGGGACGCGGACGAGGAGGUGGUGAGGGAGGAGGAGGGGGGAGAGCAGGAGGAGCGGGAGGAGCGGGAGGAGCGGGAGGAGCGGGAGGAGCGGGAGGAGCGGGAGGAGCGGGAGGAUGAAGAGGAACAGGAUGUGGAGGAUGCUAUCGCCAUGGGUGCUGCUGGCAUGAGGGAUACUAGCUUGGGUGCCGGUAACAUUUCUGCCCAGCCCCUGGGGGGCAUGGCAGCAGCAGGCACGCUCAUGGAGCCACUGGAUCAGGACACUGCUGACUGGCUCGCCGCCCGCCCGCCGUCCUCCAUGGCUGGCAUGAACCGUCUGCUAGCGAGGGUGCUGGGGGAGGCGGGCGGCAGCGCAGCAGGCAUGGAUGGCAGUGCAUCGCCCACCACGUGUGCUCUGCUGGAGCGCAGAUUAGGCUCUGCACUGACAGCACCCAACGCCAAUGGCCCGAGUGAUCUCACCACCCCUGCCACUCUUUUCGGUGCUGCUGCUGCUGCAGACGCCUCUGGUCGCGCGCCUUGGAGGAACGGAGCAGUGUGGAACAAUGCUGCUAUCCGAACCUUGUCUACAGCUUCGGCGUCCAGCUCCUUGGCAGGUGCGGCGGGAGGAGCGGGUGGGGCGGCGGGGGAGGCGGGGCAGGAGGAGAGGGAGAUGGCGCUGUUCCAGGCGCUGGAGGGGCAGAUGAUGCGCGAUGGGCGCAGCAGCAGAGGCGCUGCCACCCCAGACGCACAUGCAGGUGGGGGUAGCAGCGUGGGUGAUGCCACGGGCAUGGCAGCGCUUGUGGGUGCAGAAAUGGCGGCAACUGCUGCAGCUGCUGCUGCUGCGGCGGCGGGGGCGCCAGUGCAGGUGAAAUCAGAAGCAUUUGCUGGCGCUGAGAGAGCCGGUCCCAGCAGUGCUGCUGCGCUGUUCGGUGGUGGUGCCAUGCACCCUGCUGGCCCCAUGAGCAUGGCGCAUGCCCUCCAUGCCCUCAACACUGCCAACUCAGCCAAUGGGAACCCAGUCAACACAGUCAACUCAGUCAACGCAGUCAACGGGAGCUCAAUGGCCGGAGUCAACACGGUCAACGGGUUUCUUGCGGACCCCUGGCUGUGCCGGGCGAGGAGCAUGCAGGGAGCGGGCGGCGGGGUGAUGGGCGGGCCAAUGACAGGAGGCACGGUGCUAUCAGCCAUGGUGGCGGUGUCAGCAGCAGCAGCCAGGGACGAGGCAGUCAUGAGAUACAUGGAGAAGAAGAAGCACCGCACCUCUGCGUCUGACCCUCCUGUUUCUCCAUCCACCUGUCCUCAUUGCUACAGGUUUGCCAAGAAGAUUCGGUACGAGUCACGCAAGACACGCGCGGACGGGAGGCAGCGGGUGAAAGGCAGGAUGUCGCGAGACGUAGGUGACGAAGUGUUGGCGAAAGAGUUACAGAAGCUGAUUCUCGAGGUGUCGCUAGUGCAGCUGCGAGAGCACCCACCGGCCGUGCGACAAAGGCUAUUUGGAAUCCCAACGGGUAAAAACCACGCGGAGGAGAUCGCGGAAGCUGAGAGAGAAGUGGCGAAACUGAUCGCUGCGAUCGACGGUGUAGAUGCGACGAUGGAGACAGAGUCGCCGUUGGAUGAUGCCAAAAGGGCAGAUGACGCCAUGGGUGAAGGUAGCCAGGCGACAGAUUCACGUGCGACAGAUUCACAUGCGACAGAUUCAGUCGCAUCGCCGUCGCCGGCUCAAUCACCGGCGGGAUCCGCGCAACCCAGCACGCCUGCGAGUGCGAAAGGAGCUUCCGCGGCCGCAAAUACCCCCUCGCCCGGUGCACACACCCCCUCGCGCGCUGCCCUGACCCCCUCACCCUCCUCCACGUGGCUACCGUUCGGGGGGAUUCUGGGCGCGUGGAUGUCGCCCACCUCCCCGCCCCCCGACGCAGAUGCGGCCCCCGCUUCCCUGCCCCCCGAUGCGGAGGCGCAAAGCAAGGCGGGCGAUGCGGAUAAUGCAGCGCGCGGGUCCGUUGGGGAAGAGGAAUCGCCGGCGUCGCCUGGAGCGACUCCGGCGUCGCAAGAAUCGCAGGCUCUGGCGAUUGGUCCUGCGACUGAACCUGCGAUCGGGGCGACGUCCGGAGGGCCUGACUUGGGGGUUAGUGCAGCGGCGGGGACACGUGGCGGAUUUGAAUUGGAAGAUCCGACCGCAGCAGCAGGCGUGAAGGAGGAGGGAAGCAGAUUGGAGAAGGUAGAUGAGAGGGACGAAGACAGUUCCCCUCCUGCUGCUGCCGCUUCUCCGCCUCGAUCUGCUGCCGCCACACGCACUGCUAUUGCCGUAACGGCAGAGCAGCUGCAGGCGGCAGAGCAGCUACAGGCGGCAGAGCAGCUACAGGCGGCAGAGCAGCUACAGGCGGCAGAGCAGCUACAGGCGGAGGUGGUGGAGGCGGCUGUAGCGCAGGCGGCUGCCAGCUGGCAUGCCACGUGGACGCAAAAAGGAGAGCAGAGAGGGGAGGUGCGGAUGAGAGGGGAGCGGGAGGAGGAAGGGGUGGAUCUGGGAGACGAGGCAGUGGUAGCAGCAGCAGCGGCGUCACUGCAGCAGCAUGUGCUGGCGAUCGCCCUGGAGCAAGCUGUAGCGGCUGUAGCAGCUUCAGCAGCAGGGGAAGCUUCAUCUGUAGCGGCUGUAGCUGAUCGUGGCGAUGAGUGCAAGAUGGGGGACGAUCUGGUGGACACAGUCGUGCACGUGGCCCUCCAACAGGCCGCUGCGGCUGUAGCGCCGGGGGCUGUAGCGGCGGCUGUAGCUGAGGAGAGGGAGGAGUGGGCGGCGAAGGGCGAUCUGGUGCAGGCAGUGCUGCAGACGGCACUGGAGCUGGUGGAAGGAGACUGGCGCGGACUGCAGGAGAGGAGUGCGGGAGAGCGGCGAGAGCUGCUGGGUCGACUGGCUGCUGCAGAGCAGGCGGUGAGAGCAGAGGCAGCUGGUAGGGCUGUGGCGGAAGAGGCUAGGAGGGCGAGAGAGAGGGAGGGUACGGCUGUAGCGGCGGCUGUAGCUGAGGAGAGGGAGGAGUGGGCGGCGAAGGGCGAUCUGGUGGAGGCGGUGCUGCAGACGGCGCUCCAACAGGCUGCUGACACGUGGCAUGGGCGGGAGAGGGAGCUGCGAUGGCAGGUGCUAGAGCAGCAGCAGCAGCAGGGGGAGCUGAGACGAGCUGAGGAGAAGGAAGAGGGGGAGCGGAGAGAGGCAGAAGGCAGGAUGGGUGGGGAAGUGAUGGUGGAAGUGAUGGGGGUGGCGAUGCAGCAGGCAGAGGAGGAGUGGCAGGCGCGUGUGGCUGCUGCCGAGGCCAACGCUGCUGCUCUGGAGAGGAGAGCAGCAGCAGCAGAGGCGCUGGUGGUGCAAGUGGGAGAGAGGGCAGAUGCGGCAGAGGCGAGGGCGGAAGCUGCGGAGGCGGGGAGGAGUGAGGCGGAGGAGAGGGUGAGAGCUGCGGAGGUGGGGAAGGGCGAGGCGGAGGCGAGGGCGGAAGUAGCGGAGGCAGGGGCAGUGGAGCAGCAGCAGGAGCGCACAGCAGAGGCGGCUGAGCUGUGGGGCGAGCUGUCUGAUAGGGAAGCAGUGUGGGCCGCUGAGAGAACACAGCUGGAGGAACGGGUGAGAGCAGAGGAGGAGCGGGCGAGAGAGGCAGUGGAGCGGGUGAGGGCAUUGGAAGAGGAGGUGGAGCAGCUGCGGAGGACAGUUGAAGCGGUGGAGGGAGAGAGGGACUCGCGGAAGGAGGAGGAGGGGCAGCAGGAAAAGCUGCUGGAGCAGCUGAGAGCGGCGGAGAGACAGGUGGUGGAUGACGCUGCCAGGCUGGCAGCUUGCGACGCUCUGAUUGGCCGGCUGGAAGGGGAGGUGUGGGAGAAGGAGCGGCGGGUGGGGGAGUUGGAGGGUGAGGUGGCGGCGGUUCAUCAGGAGCUGUUUAGUGAGCGGUGUAUCUCGAGUGGGCGGGAGCAGCGGUGCAGUGCGGUUAAGGGUGAGUUGGAAGAGGUGAAGCGCGCUUGUGACAGACGGAUUGCUGAGCUGGAAGCUGACGUGGCGGAACGGAGGGAGGUGGAGGAGGGGUUGAGAGAGAGGGUGCGCGCGCUAGAGGGGGUGAAAGGGGGGAGAGGGGGGCGGGGAAGGCCGGAGAUAGGGGGGGAGAGAGGAGGAUCGGGAGGAAGGGGGAGAGGAGGGAAUGCAGGUACUGGUUCAGGGGAGUCGGUGGGAGGGGAGGGAGAGAGAGGGGAGGAGGAGGAGGAAGGGGAGGAGGUGGAGAGCAGGAGAGAGGAGCAGGGCAGGGCGAGGGUGGGUGUGGGCGUGAGCGGAUUCAGAUGGGGGGGAGGGGCGGGACCAGAGGCACGGGCAGGGCUGUCAAUGUUGUUGGAUGAGGAGGAGUCAGGGCGGGGGCAGCAGUCAGGGCAGUUUGCAGGGCGCGCGUUUGUGGUGCGCCCGGGCAGCACUGGCGGCGCGGUGGGGCGGGGCGGCGCGGGGAGUGAGGGGCGCGGAGGGGAGGCAAGGGAGGCGCGGGAGGGGCGGGAGGGGGGUAAGGCGCGGCGACCAGCGUCUGUUGGGGCCACACCCAUGCCCAGGAUAGCUGGCAGCGGGGCAGGAGGAGGCGGUGGGGGUGGUGCUGGUGGUGGUGGUGGUUUCAGAGUUAAGGGAGGGAGGUUUUACGGUGGGAAUGGGGGUGUGUGGCAUGGUGGGAGUGACAGUAGCGAGGGGGGGUUUAGUGAAGAGAGUGAGGGGAGUGCGGGGCCUGUGUCGGAGGAGGGUGACGUGUCACCCUCGUUAAGAUCACCUGAGAUACGAGCACGUGUGAGGAUUGCGCCGUGGGUGAGAGCAGGCAGUGGGGACGGGGAGGAGGAGGAGGAGGGGAGGGAGGUGGGUGGGGAGAGGGAGGAGGGAGAGGCGGAGGAAGAGGAUGGGGUGGCGCUGCUGCUGGAGAUGGCGCAGGUGGUGGCACGGGAGAGUGCAGGCGAGGGGGGAGGCGAGGGGGGAGGCGAGGAUGGAGGGGGAGAAGCUGAGGGGAGGGCGCAAGGGGGUGAGGAUGCGGAGGGGGAGGGGGUGAAUUGGGGCAGUAGGGAGGAGGUGGAGGAGAGCAGUGGAAGCGUAGGCGAUGGAGCAGGGCUAGGCAUGGCAAGGACGGCAGCAGGGCUAGGCAUGGCAAGGACGGCAGCAGGCACGGGGACGGGAGCAGGCACGGGGACGGGAACAGGCAUGGGGACGGGAACAGGCACGGGGACGGGAACAGGCACGGGGACGGGAACUCUGGAGGAGGGUGCUGGGUCUGCUGUGAAGGGCAAGCGGUCGGAGGGGCGCGGAUUCACAGAAAAAUUGGAGGGGCGGGUGAGGAGGGGCGGAUCAAGUGGUGAUGGGGAGGGGCUGGGACUGGAGGUGGGUGAGGGAACGGGGGUGGAGGGGGGAGUGGAAAAGAGGGAGGAGGUUGCGGGUGUUGAGGCGUGUAGUGUUGAAGUGAGAAAGGGUGGCACGGGAGCGUCUGGGGUGAGAGCAGGCGCAGAAUCAGGAGCAGCAGCAUCGGGAGGUGGGGCAGCAGGUGGGGAGAGUGCACUGACAGGAGGGGGGAGUGCGAUGACGGGAAGUGUGAUGACAGGAAGUGCAAUGACGGGGGAGAGUGGGCGGUGUGCGGAGAGGCGGGUGGAGGAGUUGGAGGAGGCGCUGAGUGCCAUGCUGGGUCAGGUGGAGGCAUGGCGCGGCAAGGCGGAGCGGCAGCAGCAGGAGGCCCACGCGCUGAGAGACACUGUGAGGCGGCUGGAGGCACAAGUGGACGGCACUCAGACUCACCAGCAGCGCGCUCUUGACCCCGCUGCUGCUGCUCCGCUUGCCGCUUCCGCUGCUCCUCCUGCUGCCGCUUAUCCUGCCGCUUCUGCUUCUGCUGAGUCUGUGGCUGGACGGGUGGAUGCUGCUGCUGCUGCUGCUGCUGCUGCUGCUGCUGCUGCUGCUGCUGCUGCAGAAGGUGGGAACCCUGGCAGUGCUACAGGGAGAGGUGAAUCCGAGGCGGGAGAAUCAGGGGAAGGGGAGCCAGAGGCAGCGAGUGUGCGGGUGAAGAUCCUGAACCUGGAGCUGAUGAACAAGAACAAGCGCAUUGCGGCAUUAGAGGGCCGCCUGCAGGCCAGCAAGGCGGCUGUCUCUCAGAUCGCCCGCAGCUACCACGAGCUGGACGCUGCUCGGGAGGAGGCUGAUGAGUGCAGGCGAAGGUUGGGUGAGGUGGAGAAGGAGUGGCGGGGGAAGGUGGCGGAAGCGGAGGAGGAGAAGGAGGUGUAUAGAGAGAGGAUGGUGGAGUUGCAGCAGUACUGGCGGGAGUCGAAACGGGCGGCGGAGGAGUGGGAGGCUGCUGCUGAUGAGGAGAGGGAGAGGGCGGAUGAGGAGAGGGAGAGGGCGGAUGAGGAGAGGGAGAAGGUGAGGGGGUUGGAGAGGGAGGUGAGGGAGGAGAGGGAGAAGGUGGCGAGUCUGCUGCGCGCUGUGGUGGAGAAGGAGGAGCGGUUGUAUGCGUUUGCAGCCAAUAGUGAGCAGCAGAUGAGGGGGUUGAGAGAGGAGAUGGAGGAGUUGAGAGGGGUGGCGCGGGAGAAGGAGGAGGAGAUGGAGGGGGUGAGGCGGGACUGGCAGCAGGUGUUGGUUGGGUGGGAGGAGGAGGAGGAGGAGAGGAGGAGAGAGCAUGAGAGGGAGAAAGGAAGGCUGGAGGAACAGUUGGAGAGAGCGAGGGAGAGAGAGGAGGGAUUGAGAGAGGAGGUGGAGCGGGGGAGGUGUGAACUGGGGGAGGUGCAACUGGAGGUGGAGCGAGUGGGUGGGGAGUGUGAGAGGGCAGUGGAAGCAGCGCAGCAAGCGGAGAGGGGGAGGAGAGAGGCGGAGGGGGAGCUAGAGCGAGCGAGGGAGGAGGUGAGUAAGCUGAAUGUGAUUGUAACGAGUCUGGAGAAGGAGGUAGAGGCGCAGCAACAGCAAUUGGACGCUCUGGAAAAGGAGAAGGCGGAGGGUGGCGGGGGGGAGCGGGAGCAGGGGGAGUGGGAGGGGAAGAAGGGGGGACGAGGGGUGGAGUGGGGGACGGGAGAGUUGUGUGCGGGCGAAGACUGGCAGGAGGUGGUGGAGCGAGCAGCAGCGGAGAUGGAGCGAGUUUGUAAGGCGUUAGGGGAGGAGCUGGAUGCGGUGGAGAGGGAUAGGGCGUGGUGGCGGCAAGUGGGUGAUGCGCUGUGGUGUGCGGGCAACAGCAGGGCGGGCGAAGGUGUGACCAAGGAUGCAGGUACAGGUGCGGGUGUCAGUGGCAGGGGCAGUGCGACUGCCAGUAGCACCACCAGUGGUGGUGCAGAUGCUGGGGGGAACGCAGGGGAGGCUGCGGCGCUGCAGCUGCUGAGUUGCUCCCAGGCCUUGAAACGCCUGAGUGACUCUGGCAUGGCGGGGGAUGCAGGUGGUGACAGCAGGCAGGAAGGAGCAGAUGUGGCAGAGCGGUUGGAAGGGAUAGAGAGGAGUGAAGAGAGGGUGGCGAGGGAGAGGCAGGAGUGGGAUGCAGCAGCUGUGGCAGCAGAAAGCCAGCAGCACCGGCUGAGUCAGCUUAGAGAAACGCUGACUCAGCGGCUGCGCUCUGUGUCGACAGCUGUCAGCCAGCUGAGGAAGCGCCGGCGCCAGCUGGCUUGCGAAGUGGCAUGCCAGCUGGGCAAGGCUGGUGACGUGGCAGGGGCAGCGGUGGGGAGUGUGGUGGGGGAGGGUGUACACGUGGCAGUGUUAGAGGAAGCGGUGAGAGGCAUGGAGGAGGCUUGGGGGGAGGAGAGAGCAGCCAGGCUGGAGCAGGCCUCCCAGCUUCGGCAGUACUUGGCUGAUCUGGCCGAGGCUCGGAAGGCCCUGGAAGAGGCUCGGCGAGAGGCCCGGCAAGGGGCGCUGCAGCAGACGGAGGAAGAUGCGGCCGCGCGAGCACGCAGCAGCGAUAAGGGAGGGGCAGCAGGCAGGGCGCGUGCACAACUGUGCGGGCAGAAAGAGGAAUUCAAGGGGGCAAUGGCUGGGACGAGGGAGCAGGAGGAGGAGGAGGCGGAUGCAGUGAGGAGAGCGCUGGGGUGCUGUGAGCUUCAGCUGCUGGUGGCGAGUGAAGCAGUGGUGCAGGGCGAGGGAUGGGGCGAGGCGGUGAGAAGGGAGCUGGUGAGAGAGAGGCGGCGGAGGGAGGAGGAGAGGCGGGAGGCGGAGGAGUGGAGUGAGAUGCUGGAGGAGCAGCGCCGGGUGGCUGAGGUGGCGGCGGCGAGGGAGAGGGAGGAGCUGGUGGGGGAGCGGGAGGAGCUGCAGAUGAGAGUGGGGGAGCUGGAGGAAGAGGUGGGGUUGAAGGGCGAGGAGGUGGGGCGCCUGCAAGGAGAGGUGGCUGAGCUGCGAGAGCACAAGCGAGUGCUUUACGGGCAGGUGAACGGGUUUCUGGGGCAGGUGGAGGAGAUGCACGGGCAGAUUGAGGACUUACAAGGGCAGGUGAACGGGCUGCAGGGGCAGGUUGAGGAGUGGCAAGGGCAGGCGAGUGGGUUGCAUGAGCAGGUGCAGGCAGGGCAGCAGGCGAUGGUUUGGGAGCAGCAGCGCGGGGAGGAGAAGGUGAGAGCAGCGGAGGAGAGGGUGAGAGCCGCACUGCAGACGCUAGAGGAGACCAGAAGGGCAGCUGCCAGUGCUGCUGCACAUGCCGCUGCUGCCCUGGCAGAGCGGGAGAGGCAGGCAGGGGAGGAGAGGGAGCAGUGGCGGCAGGAGGUGGCACGCAUGGAAGGGGAGGUGGCACGGGUGGGGAGGGAGGUGGAGCGGGUGAUGGGGGAGAGGGAGCGGGCGGAGAGGGAGGCGGAGGGGGAGAGGAGGAGGAGGGGCGGGGCGGAGGAGAAGCUAAAGGAGAUUGAGAGCCGCCUCAAGCUGCAGCUCGCCUGGCCCUCCUCUCCUCCCCUCUUCGCCCAACCCACUGUUGGGGUGGGCGGGCGAGGGCAGGCGGUAGGGGAACCGGGCAGCGUGCAGAAGAACCUGAUGUGGGCGCUGGACCAGGCAGGGGUGGCGGAGGGGGAGAGGGAGGGCAGGGAGGGGAGUAGGCACCUGGCAGGUGCCAGUGGCGCUCUGGUGCUGCAUCAGGGGGCACCUGAAGAAACACCUGGAGGGGCAGGUGGAGGAACGCCAGCGUAUACACCCAGCGGUGCCAUGACACCGGCGUAUUUCACACCGUCUGCAGUCACUCCCGCUACAGCUGCCAUGCCAGCAGGGACCGGCAGGCACGGGCAGCUACAGCCGUGGUCGCCUGCCUCUAGCGUGGCGUCUCCAGGCGACACUCCCUUCCGGCUCUUGCAAGCAGCGGAGGAGAAGUGGCGGCGGCAGCAGGAGGCGGCGGGGGUGGCGAUGGCGAACCUAGGGCGGGCGGAGAGGGAGGUGCAGCUGCUGGGGGACGAGGUGGACGCGCUGAGCGAGGUGGUGGAGGAGGCUGCUGUCCGGCUGGCGCACCAUGCGCCCAUGCUGCGAGGGCUUCCGGGGGCCCUCAGAUUGGGGGCCUGCCUGUAUGCCAUGGCUAUGUUGGAGCUGGUGGAAGCCAUGAAGGCUGCUGCUCUCAGGCGAGCAUGA